AUGGCUAUAGGCUUACCUGGAAAUCUUGCUAAGCAGAUUCUUCGUCGGUCAGGAUCUGGCUCAAACAAAUCAACUUCAAGAUUCCCGGACGUGCCAAAAGGUUUCCUAGCAGUGUAUGUUGGGGAAAGCCAGAGGAAGAGAUUUGUAGUUCCAGUGUCCUACUUAAGUCAGCCUUCAUUUCAGGAUUUGUUAAGCAUGGCUGCAGAGGAAUUCGGCUUUGAUCAUCCGAUGGGUGGCUUGACAAUUCCCUGCAGCGAAGAGACGUUUACUGGUGUCACCUCUAGCUUGUGCAGAUCAUAA